GCCUAUCGAAUUUGAGAAUCAGAUGGAAACAAAAAAUACCUCUAGUUCCGACGAACUUUUUGAGAACACCAAUCGAAUGACAAUUAUAGAUGACGAUGAUAAAUCUUCAAGUGAACUUGAUGAAAGUUAA